GAAAGGAGGGUGUGAUCAAGACUAUAACCACACUGUCAAGUCAAAAAGAGGAAGGAGAGAAACGAAGGCACAGAAACAAAGUUGGGUCAAAAAUCAUCCUGAGAGAAGGGGGAAAAGCAGACUGUGUCCCGUCAAUCUAAAAGGUUUCCAAAUGACAGAUCAUUCAGCUUUCUUUUUGCAUUUUCUUCUAUACCAUCUUCACCCAUCCCUUUCGACUUCACAUUGUGAGUACGUGAAGAAUAAAACAGUGGACUGGGAUGCCAUCAAUAAAUCACUCCAUAAUCUAUACCUGAAUAACUGUGAUGUGAAACAAAUAGAAUACAAAGGGAACGAUCUGCCGUGUCUGGCUUUACUCAACUUGUCUUCUAAUCAAAUAGAGACUUUACCUGAUCAGUUCCUCUUUAAUACCUCCCAAGAUGUACAUCUCUACUUGAAAGAAAAUAAGCUAAAUUAUCUACCAAAUUCAAUUCUGCAAAACAAGAAACUGAAAAUAUGUAGCUUGGAUUGUAUCUUAAGGAUGAAAUUUAGUCUGUGGUCUAAUGCCUGUGAUGAUGACACUUUUGAAAAAUGUGCAGGUGGGUCAGAACUUGUGCCUCUCAUUGUCACUCUUCUGCUUGCAAUUCUACUCCUCUGUGGCCUGGGGUUGGCCUGCUAUUGGAAAUUCUACCACCAUACAAGUAAUUUUGCCCUGCCAAUAUUUUUGCAAAAGAAAAGGGAUCAGGAUGACGCUGAUGCACCGCAUACCCCACGUCCCCCCUCUGAAUACACCGGUCCAAAGCGCUUUUCACCGUGCGAAAUAAAAGAUGAGCCAUCUCCUUUGUCCAGAGAUGACAUGGACCAGAGCUACGAAAAUGUGGAAACUGGCCCUGUGAGCUGUGCAGAGGAAUGUUUGACAGAUCUUUAUGAAAAUACAGCCCAAUUUAAUUCUGAGCAUUUAUAUGGAAAUGAGUUUUCAUCUGAAUAUUAUAAUUUCCAGAAACCUCACUGUCUCAAUAUGCCUCCAGAUGAAGAUAUAUAUGUUCUUCCAGAUUAAUAAUAAUGAUUCAUGUCAUUGAAUUUCUUUUGGAAAAAUAAAGUAAAAUUCAUUUGUGAUCCUAUCACUCAACUAAA